UAUGAAGUCUUCAGGGAAGUUGUUUACAAAUUUUAGUAGUGGAAGCUGCUCACUGCUCAGGGGUUUUAUUUAGUUUAAUGCUUCUCCAUUAUAACCGCGAAUAUGGCAAAAGAACCAAAAGUUGCAGUACCCAAAGAAGCUCAAGUGAUGAGCGCCAUACUAAAGGAUAUGGGUAUAACCGAUUACGAACCCGGAGUUAUAAAUCAAAUGCUGGAAUUCACUUACCGCUAUGUGUCACAAAUCUUGGAUGACGCCCGGGUUUAUGCCAACUAUGCUAAGAAGAUUAAGACUAUCGAAAUGGAUGAUGUGAAGUUGGCUGUCCACAUGCAGAUGGAGAAAUCCUUCACCACACCACCACCAAGGGAUUUGCUACUGGAUUUGGCAAGAACUCGAAAUGCUUACCCUCUGCCAGCCAUCAAGGCCAACCAGCAAGGCAUCAGACUUCCUCCUGACCGUUACUGCCUCUCCGCUUGUAAUUACAGACUUAAACCAUCUCGGAAGAAAAUCUCCAGUCUUUCAAGUAGUCUUGGUGGCGGAAAUCGUAUUAGUCUGGGUGGAGCUGGUGCAGGGAUGAAGAUUGCUGCAACCCCCAUCAAACCUACGAUAUCCAUGGUUACAACCAAGACGGGAAACAACCAGACCGUCACCUUAGUACAGAAACCUGCUACAGGCAUCCCCUCUGGCCCCACACAGAAGAUUGUUAGUGUCAACAGACCUGUUUUCAAAGUUACUCCUGGGCCACCUGGAGGAAGUACUCCAAAGAUUCAGUUGUCUGCUGGCAACAGUGGCCUCCCUGGUAAUGUGAUGGUAAAUGUGACUUCUGCUUCUAGUGUAAAGAUGGAGACAGACUCUUCGUCAUUUAAGAGAAAACGGGAAGAUGAAGACUAUGACUCUUUUCAAUAAUCUUGUCUGUUGUGCAUGAUAUUAUCUUUGUAGAAUAUGUUUGCACAGUAUUUUGAUUGUGGCAUUGUGCUUUGAAUGUAGGUUAAGAUAUACAUGUUAUUGGAACACAAGGGUUGUCAUAUUGCUUGUGACCUACAUGAAUGGAUACUGUGCUAGGUUCUGAUGAAAACUUAUGGUAGACUCAUGAUGCACAUGCCACUGACAAAUGUGCUCAACACAUAUUUGUACAAAGUAAAGCCAAUUUUCACUAAUUUUAUUUUUUGUUUGUGGCAUUAAACAUCUCUUUAAGAACCCCCCCUUUUCCUUUUUUUUUGCUCAUAAUUUGACAACUUGAAAUUUUUCUUUUAUAGGUACAGUAACUGGCUUUUCCAAAAUAUGUACAAAUGAUCAGACUGGGCUCUAGCAGUAUAUAAUAGCAUAAUUAUGAUUCUAGUGUAAAUGCAGAAUUUUUGAAGAUGGUUGUAAUCUCAAUUGCUUUUGGAACUGAAGGUCUGAAAAUUUAAAUAAGGAUGAUAAAAUGUGGAAGAGGAAUUACCAUAUUGUGCUACAAUUUCCACUGCAGUUAGGCCUUCCCAUGGUGUAGAAGUACAGUAAUGACUCCUAUACACAUCUUACCUGUGAAUUUUAGUAUAUUCCAUUCAUAUUGUAAUUGGUGUCCAAUUCUAUAAAAGUGUCAUCAAGAACUCAUGAUUUUAAUACAGUACAGUGGAAUUAUGUCAGGAAGAGCUGCCUUGCAAAAACCCAGAAGAGCAUUACAGAUUUGACUAAGUAAAGUUGUAAUUUGUAUUAUUUUAAAUAAAGGAUAUGUGGAAA